AUGAAAUCUGUUGUUGCUCUUAUCCUGCUCUUUUCACUUGCCCUGUACACAAGCAACACUAAUGCAAGAAAAGACCCUGGAGAAUACUGGAGAGCUGUGAUGAAAGAUGAGCCAAUGCCUGAAGCAAUCAAACAUCUUAUGCCUCGGCAUUCAGUUCUUCUCUCCAAAGAGAAAACUGAUUAUUGCACAUCACCUUCUGUUGGAGGUGAAGCCUUUGAAUCAAGGCCUAAUAUAUCUGUCUACCAAGACGAAGCCAAGCUGAAAGAAGCUGAGAAAUCAUUAUUUACGAAAGAUUUCGGGCCAAUGCCUAAUGUAACUGGUUAUCAUGAUGAUGACGCUGGUCUUAAACAAGAAAAGUCCUUUGCCGAAGAUUUUGAGCCUAGGCCAAAUAUUUUUAUGUACCAUGAUUGA